AUGCUUUUGUUUCUCCGAGAUUUCUGGAUUGAAAAAACGAUUUACGAGCAGAUAUACGACUGGCAUUGGAGAAGAGGACAGCAAACAUCUUUUAAUGCACAAAUGAUAGAGAUUGGAAAGAAAAGAAAGGACGGGGGAUUUGAAGUGUGUGUGUCUGAUUCUAGGCAUUUCAUUGACAGCAUUCUGACGAAGGAGUCUAUCGAUGUGUUUGGGAAGGAGAUAGCCUGCGGGGUUGAGGAUAUAAGAGGAUGCUACAUUACUGUUGACAAGUUCCACUAUGGAUACCGUUCUGAAAGCAAGAGGUUUUUUAUGUGCAUAGAGAGCUUUACAUAUUGCGGAGGAGAGUGUGAUACAUAUGGAGAGCCGUGCGAUAUCAACGAGGCGUGCUUCUUGAAGUCUCUGGCUAGCUCUCCGCUGUAUAUGAGGUUUAGGCCCGAGGAACUAGUGGUGCAUAGGGCGAGCAUUGAAGGCAUGGACGAAGACAGAAGAUCCUAUUUAAUAAUGAUGCUGAAGCGGAACAAUGAUUUCUGUGGGAAUGGAUGCUACCUGUGCAAAAGUUGCAUGAAGAGCGAUGUAGAGUCCUGCAGCCAUAGGCCUCUGGAACCGAAGGUUAAAAGAUACAACCCAUUUGGAGGCAAGUCUUUGAAUGAUUCCAAUGGAAGGGAAGGUGCAAGCUCAGAGAAGAUUUACAUAUUUGAUGGUGUGUAUGUUGAGAAAGAAAGUUCUGGGGAAGGGAGAAAUCUGGAGGGCAGGUGGCUAGACUUGUGCUCUGAUAGUUCGGAAGGUGAACACAACAAUUUAUUGUGA